AUGGCCUCCAAACCCGGGGGUCUGACCUUGACGUCCACGGUGGACCUGCUCGCCCCGGGCGUGAGCAUGCCCCGUCUCGGCUUCGGCAUCUACCGGGUCCAGCCCUCCGAGACGGUCGACGUGGUGCUCGCCGCGCUGGAAGCCGGGUACCGCCACAUCGACUCGGCGCAGCUGUACAACAACGAGGCCGAGCUCGGGCAGGCCAUCCGCAAGUCCGGUGUCGCUAGAAAGGAAGUCUUCCUGACCACCAAGAUCCGCUACCCGGGCUUGAACAAGGCCAAGACGUGGAAGAAGGUCGUGGACAGCGUCAGGAAGGUCUCUGGGGCUGAGGUGUCUACCGGGAAGAAGAGGAAACGCGUCGAUGACGAGGAAGUUGCUGAGAAGAAGGAAGACGCUGGCGAGGAGUACGUCGACUUGUUCCUGGUGCACACGCCGUACGGAGGACCCAAUGCCAAGAAGGAACGGAAGGAGAUGUGGCUUGCACUGGAGAGGGCGUUCGAGGAAGGGAAGGCCAAGGCGAUUGGCGUCAGCAAUUAUAAGGUUGAGCAUUUGGAGGAGAUGCGGGAGUAUGCUAAGGUGUGGCCGCCGCACGUCAACCAGAUCCAGCUGAACCCCUGGACGCAACAGCGCGAGGUCGACGCCUACUGCCAGAAACACGGCAUCGUAGUCCAGGCAUUCAGCCCCCUUGCCCGCGGCGACCGGUGGGAUGAGCCAAUCGUACUUGAGGUUGCGGAUAAGUACGGGAAGUCGCCGGCGCAGGUGUUGAUACGCUAUGCGCUGCAGAAGGGGUGGGUACCCCUGCCGAAGAGCGAGAAACCGGCCAGGAUGAAGGCGAAUGCUGAGGUGUUUGAUUUUGAGAUUGAUGGUGAGGUUAUGGAGAGGCUCGAUGGGCUUGAUGGGAAGAAAAUGGGUUAUUUUGAGGACGGGCGCUUGGAGAAAUAG